CUGGGUCCAUGGGGUGCCGUGGACUUUGAUGGAGGCCUCAGAGAUGGUAGAGCAGGAGGGCUGGCCUCUCAUAAGACUGGCCCCUGUGCCUCUUGUUUUAGCCUCUUCCAGCCCCCAUCCCUGCCUCUUGCUCUCCAUUCUCUACAUGCCCCUGAAGUGCAUAAAGAUGAUGUGAGGAGGCUGAGGCACCGCCCUGCGCCAGAAAGUUCUUGGAACUUCCCACGGUCACAUUCCUAAGAUGGAAUGUUGUGAGGCUGCCUCUGCUGUCCUUUGGAGAAGUCUCCUGCUCCCAUUAUUAAAAAUCUCAACAUGUAUCUCGAUGUCUGUAUAUUUCAGUAUGCAUUAAACAUGGGAUUGGAAGAGUGUCAUGGGAGGUCCAUAUACAUGGACGGUCUGGGAUUUGCUUCUGCCUUCCAGUGCUUUCCCUUGAGCUCUCUGGGAAGAUGUGGGCUCUGGGAGAUUCUCAGCCGGUUUUGUCAUGCCCAGCUGAGUGGAAGGGGUCGAGUGGGAUAUGCAAAGCUCCCUCCUGUUCAUGGCCUUGGAUGUAACCAAGGAGGGCUUGGCCUCGGACCAUAAGUGGGGUUUUCUUGCAGGUGUACACAGAGGAAUGUCCCAUCGCGUGGCUGUGUGGGAGAGUGGGCUCUGGGGAGGCAGAGCUGGGACCCUCUGCUGAGCAGGGAGGCAGUGGACCCUGUUUGUUCCUCAUGUGUGGGAAACCUGCCAAGGGAGGCUGCGGUUAUUUUGCCCCGCUUUUUCCACGGACGAAACAGGAGUCAGUUGAAAUUUGCAAGUAGGUGAUGGGAGAGGUGGGCCUGAACCCCAAGUCCUUAGGCUGAAAACCUGGGCCUUUCUUGGUCUCUGCAGAUGUGCUCCAUUGCAGGGCGGGGAGGUGCUGGGGUCGGCCUCUUUGAAGUCGGGCUGAUGGACACGUUUGGGGCUGGUGGAGGCACCCGCGCUUGCAUGGAGGAGGGUGUGGGACCCUCUGCCAAGUGUCAAGUUAGCCUGAAAGGAGGUGCAGACUGGGGGCUUUGCUUUUUGCCCUGGGGUAAGAAAAAAAGAAAACAAUGCAGGCCGAGGAAGCAUUCCUGGCGGGGAUUACCUGGGAGGUGGCGCAGCCUCUUUGAUCCUCCUCCGUACGGCUUGCUGUAGCUUGCUCUUAUCAGGACCGCAAAUUCCCUGUUUCCUUUUAUGUUGGGAACCUACUAGAGGCUCUGAUACUGGAAGCGGGGUGCCUCAUUCUUGCCUGCAGGAUGCAGUGUCCGGUACACAGGCGUCAGCGCCCACAUGGGGGUGGACAGUGGAGGGCCAGCCUGGGCGAGUCCCCUGUGCUCAGGCCUCCUUGGUGGGGGUGGGGUGGGAGUGGUCUGGAGGCUGGUCAUUUGUCAUUCGUCAGAGGGACGAUGGGCAGGCAGUGAUGUCCAGAGGCUUACUCACUGCCUGCCUUCUAGCCAGCCCUCUGGAAAAGAGGCCGUGCUUCCAGGUUGGAGACUUCCUCUGGAGAAUUCCGUGACACACGUUCUUGAACUGUGGAUGUGAUUCAGUAAGGUGCAGUUGAUGGCAGGUGGGGUGGAAUAAUUCCUUGUUGGAUAGUUUGCUCCAGGAAUGGUGUGGCCUUCCUGCCUCCUCUCACUAGACGCUAGUGGUCUCCUCAGUGGUGGUGAUGGUUAAAAUGUCCUCACAUUUCCAAAUGUCCCCUGCGCCUCCAAUUAUUAGUAGGCAGAGAAUUCAGUCCGCACUUAAAAAAACAAACUAGGAUGAAAAAUCCCAGAGGGUAUUCUCCCAGUUGCCACGUAAUAUUCCUGAAAAAUCUUCAAGUUAUUUACCCAUGAGGUGUGUUACCUGGUUGUUACUUAAGAGAGAUUUCUGUAUGUGUUGCAAGGAGAGGCAUUGCAGAAACCGACGGGCAUUUUUGUCAUUCUACAUUGUGACUCUUCCUUUCCUGUGUUUGAAAGAUGAAAAGAUAGCACCCCCUGGACGGGCAAGGGUUGGUUUAAAAAACAGUGUUGGGACUGAAAGGUCCAUUAGUGAGCUCAGUGCAGGCAGGGGUGAUGGUCCUGGUGGAGGUAGCCAUUUCAAAGCUUCUAAGUGUGGCUGAGGAAGGAAGGAAAAGUCAGCCUCUCCCUUACGUAGGACGCUUGCGAACUUUCCGAGACACACUCUUGGCCUCAAAGAUUGUUCCGACCCUGGCCAUUUGUAGGACUUAUCCAAGGUGGAUCUGAGCCUCCUCGUGUAUUCCAGGCUGAGACCAGGAUCCGGGUGCAUCACCAGCUGGCAGAAGAUGGGGCUUAGGCAGAAGAUGGGGACUAGGCACUCUGCACGCCCGGCACAGCCAGAAGAAUUAUCCUCGAGUCUGCACACUUUUAAGAACAAGGCCUUCAAAAAAAAAUCCAAAGUGUGCGGAGUUUGCAAACAGAUUAUUGAUGGUCAAGGCAUUUCAUGCCGAGCCUGCAAGUUUUCCUGCCACAAGAAAUGUGAAGCCAAGGUGGUGAUUCCCUGCUGUGUACAAGUCCGUCUGGAACAGGUUCCAGGGAGUUCCACGCUGUCCACUUCUCUCUGCCGUGAUAAACCUGUGGGGCCCGUCGUCCUGAGCCCCACCAUGGAGGAGGGCCACGGGCUGGACCUCACCUACAUCACGGAGCGCAUCAUCGCCGUGUCAUUCCCCGCCAGCUGCUCCGAGGAGUCCUACCUGCACAACCUGCAGGAGGUCACGCGCAUGCUCAAGUCCAAGCACGGGGACAACUACCUGGUGUUAAACCUUUCAGAAAAGAGAUAUGACCUUACGAAGCUUAACCCAAAGAUCAUGGAUGUGGGCUGGCCGGAGCUCCACGCACCACCCCUGGAUAAGAUGUGUACCAUAUGCAAGGCGCAGGAGUCCUGGCUGAACAGCGACCCCCAGCACGUGGUUGUCAUUCACUGCAGGGGCGGGAAAGGACGCAUAGGAGUGGUCAUAUCAUCCUACAUGCACUUCACCAACGUCUCGGCCAGCGCUGACCAGGCCCUUGACAGGUUUGCAAUGAAGAAGUUUUACGAUGACAAAGUUUCAGCUUUAAUGCAGCCUUCCCAGAAACGGUAUGUUCAGUUCCUCAGUGGGCUCCUGUCCGGAUCUGUGAAAAUGAAUGCCUCUCCCCUGUUCCUGCAUUUCGUCAUCCUCCACGGCACCCCCAACUUUGACACAGGUGGAGUGUGUCGGCCCUUUCUGAAGCUCUACCAAGCCAUGCAGCCCGUGUACACCUCCGGGAUCUACAACGUUGGCCCGGAAAACCCCAGCAGGAUCUGCAUUGUCAUCGAGCCGGCCCAGCUUCUGAAGGGGGAUGUCAUGGUGAAAUGCUACCACAAGAAAUACCGCUCGGCCACCCGUGACGUCAUUUUCCGCCUACAGUUUCACACUGGGGCUGUGCAGGGCUACGGGCUGGCGUUUGGGAAGGAGGAUCUGGACAAUGCCAGCAAAGAUGACCGUUUUCCUGACUAUGGGAAGGUUGAGUUAGUCUUCUCUGCCACGCCUGAGAAGAUUCAAGGGUCCGAACACUUGUACAACGACCACGGAGUAAUUGUGGACUACAACACGGCAGACCCACUGAUACGCUGGGACUCGUACGAGAACCUCAGUGCAGAUGGAGAAGUGCUACACACGCAGGGCCCUGUUGAUGGCAGCCUUUACGCGAAGGUGAGGAAGAAAAGCUCCUCGGAUCCUGGCAUCCCAGGGGGUCCCCAGGCCGUCCCGGCCACCAGCAGCCCAGACCACAGUGACCACACCUUGUCUGUCAGCAGCGACUCUGGCCACUCCACAGCCUCUGCCAGGACUGAUAAGACGGAAGAGCGCCUGGCUCCGGGAACCAAGAGGGGCCUGAGUGCUCAGGAGAAGGCCGAGUUGGACCAGCUGCUCAGUGGCUUUGGCCUGGAAGAUUCUGGAAGCUCCCUGAAGGAAAUGACUGAUGCUCGAAGCAAGUACAGUGGGACUCGCCAUGUGGUACCGGCUCAGGUCCACGUGAAUGGAGACGCUGCUCUGAAGGACCGGGAGACGGACAUUCUGGAUGACGAGAUGCCCCACCAUGACCUGCACAGUGUGGACAGCCUUGGGACCCUGUCCUCCUCAGAAGGGCCGCAGUCAGCCCACCUGGGCCCCUUCACCUGCCACAAGAGCAGCCAGAACUCACUCCUGUCUGAUGGUUUCGGCAGCAACGUUGGUGAAGAUCCACAGGGCACCCUUGUUCCGGACCUGGGCCUUGGCAUGGACACCCACUAUGAGCGGGAGCGGACUUUUGGGAGUCGAGAGCCCAAGCAGCCCCAGUCCCUGCUGAGGAAGCCCUCGGUGUCCCCCCAGAUGCAGGCCUAUGGGCAGAGCAGCUACUCCACGCAGACCUGGGUACGCCAGCAGCAGAUGGUGGUGGCUCACCAGUAUAGCUUCGCCCCCGACGGGGAGGCCCGACUGGUGAGCCGAGGCCCUGCAGACAACCCUGGCCUCGUCCAGGCCCAGCCAAGAAUCCCACUCACCCCCACCCGAGGGACCAGCAGCAGGGUGGCUGUCCAGAGGGGUGUGGGCAGUGGGCCACAUCCCCCCGACACACAGCAGCCCUCUCCCAGCAAAGCAUUCAAACCCAGGUUUCCAGGCGACCAGGUUGUGAAUGGAGCCGGCUCAGAGCUGAGCACAGGCCCCUCCCCAGGCUCGCCCACCCUGGACAUCGACCAGUCCAUCGAGCAGCUCAACAGGCUGAUCCUGGAGCUGGAUCCUACCUUCGAGCCCAUCCCUACACACAUGAACGCCCUUGGUAGCCAGGCCAACGGCUCUGCGUCUCCAGACAGCAUGGGAGUCGGGCUUCGGGCAAGCAGCAGGCUGCCUGACACAGGAGAGGGCACCAGCAGGACCCCCGGGCGUCAAGGCUCCUCAGCUGACCAGCCCCUGGGCGGGAGACUCAGGAAGCUGAGCCUGGGGCAGUACGACAAUGACGCUGGAGGACAGCUGGCCUUCUCCAAAUGUGCGUGGGGAAAGGCUGGCGUGGACCAUGCCCCGAACCUGCCGCCGUUCCCCUCGCCAGCGGAUGUCAAAGAGACGAUGACCCCUGGCUAUCCCCCGGACCUCAAUAUGAUUGAUGGCAGGAUUUUAAGUGGCAAGGAGGCCAUGUGUUCAACUCCAGCAUUUCCUGUGUCUCCAGAAACACCGUACGUGAAAACAGCUCCGCCCUAUCCUCCAUUCAGCCCACCUGAGCCCCUGCUGAGCAGCCCGGCCAGUCAGCACAAAGGAGGACGGGAACCACGAGGCUGCCCUGAGACGCUCAGUCACGCCGUGGGGAUGUCAGAGAGCCCCGUCGGACCCAAAUCCACCAUGCUGCGGGCCGACGCGCCCUCGACGCCCUCCUUUCAGCAGGCUUUUGCUGCUUCCUGCAGCAUUUCCAGCAAUGGCCCUGGCCAGAGGAGAGAGAGCUCCUCUUCUGCUGAACGCCAGUGGGUGGAGAGCAGCCCCAAGCCCGCAGUGUCCUUGCUGGGGAGCUGCCGGCCCACCGGAAGUCCCCUCAAUGCUGAGUUCUCCGGUGUCAGCAAGGACUCCCCAGUGCUGCCCUGCUUCCAGCCGGCAGAGCUCCAGGCCUCCUUCCACAGCCAUGAGCUGUCCCUAGCAGAGCCACCGGCCUCCCUGGCUCCCCCCAGCAGCCAGGCCUUCCUGGGCUUCAGCACUGCCCAGGUGGGAAGUGGCCUUCCCCCCGAGGAGGACCUGGGGGCCUUGCUGGCCAAUUCUCACGGAGCAUCACCAGCCCCCGGCAUCCCGCUGACAGCAACAGGGGCUGCUGACAAUGGCUUCCUGUCCCACAACUUUCUCACGGUGGCACCUGGACACAGCGGCCGCUACAGUCCAGGCCUGCAGGGCCAGAGUGCGACCCUGCCUGGGCAGCCGCCCCUCCCUGAGAAGAAGCGGGCCUCGGAGGGGGAUCGUUCUUUGGGCUCAGUCUCCCCCUCCUCCAGUGGCUUCUCCAGCCCCCACAGUGGGAGCACCAUCAGUAUCCCCUUCCCAAAUGUCCUUCCGGACUUUUCCAAGACUUCAGAAGCGGCCUCGCCUCUGCCAGAUAUUCCAGGUGAUAAACUUGUGAUUGUGAAAUUUGUUCAAGACACUUCCAAGUUCUGGUACAAGGCGGAUAUUUCAAGAGAACAAGCCAUUGCCAUGUUGAAGGACAAGGAACCGGGCUCAUUCAUCGUUAGAGACAGCCAUUCCUUCCGAGGAGCCUAUGGCCUGGCCAUGAAGGUGGCCACGCCCCCACCUUCAGUCCUCCAGCUGAACAAGAAAGCUGGAGAUUUGGCCAAUGAACUUGUUCGGCACUUUUUGAUCGAGUGUACCCCGAAGGGAGUGCGGUUGAAAGGGUGCUCGAAUGAACCAUAUUUCGGGAGCCUGACGGCCUUGGUGUGCCAGCAUUCCAUCACGCCCUUGGCCUUGCCGUGCAAGCUGCUUAUCCCAGAGAGAGAUCCUUUGGAGGAAAUAGCAGAAAAUUCUCCACAAACGGCAGCCAAUUCAGCAGCUGAGCUGUUGAAGCAGGGGGCAGCCUGCAACGUGUGGUACUUGAACUCUGUGGAGAUGGAGUCCCUCACUGGCCACCAGGCGAUCCAGAAGGCCCUGAGCAUCACCCUGGUCCAGGAGCCACCCCCUGUGUCCACGGUCGUGCACUUCAAGGUGUCAGCCCAGGGCAUCACCCUGACAGACAAUCAGAGGAAGCUCUUCUUCCGGAGGCAUUACCCCGUCAACAGUGUGAUUUUCUGUGCCUUGGACCCACAAGACAGGAAGUGGAUCAAAGACGGCCCUUCCUCAAAAGUCUUUGGAUUUGUGGCUCGGAAGCAGGGCAGUGCCACGGACAAUGUGUGCCACCUGUUUGCAGAGCAUGACCCUGAGCAACCUGCCAGUGCCAUCGUCAACUUCGUAUCAAAGGUCAUGAUCGGCUCCCCAAAGAAGGUCUGAAAGCCCCCCUCACACCCCAGACCCACCGAUGCCUCUCGAAGCCCUGGAGACAGCCGUGGGGUGAGGGUGGGGUCCCCACUUUGUACCAAACUGAUGAACCUGACAUUCCAGGCCCAUGAGGGGAAAGAGGAUCUUCCAGCUCUACAAAAACAAGAACAAACAUCACCGUGAAUUGGCCUUUCCUGAAAGUGACUUAUCUGACACAUCUCUGUAGCCACACGCUUUUUGGGUAGAAGAAGCUUGGCACGGGUGUACCACCCCCCAGGGUCCCUGUGGGAAAGGUAUCUGCAAGGAAACAGCACAGAACACGAGGUGGUCCCCAUGUCCCUGGCACACCAGCAUUCUGGGGAAUGAGGAGUCCCAAGCCCUUGAGGCAGAGGUGCCGAGAGACUGCCCUCCUUCCCCGUCGGCAUGGGCACUCCUGCCCAGCUGCACCUGAGGCCAGGGGUCUUCCUCACCUUGUCUUUCCAAGAUGGAGAUGCUAAUGAAACUGAGAAGGGGGGGUGUAUGUUUGACGAAGGUUUGUGCAAGUCAGGCCCUUCUGGAACACUGGGGAACCUAAAACGAGGGACCUUUGCGAUGAUGGGCCGUGAGGAGGGGGGUGGUGGGAUGAAUUGGCCACUCCGCCAUGGUGAGCGCUCCAUGCCUCCUGCUGACCCGUGGCGAGCUGGGUGAGCUGGGCUGGGGAGAGCCUGUGAGGACCCUGAGAGGAGAAGCAAGAAGAAGGAAGCAAAAAUGCCAUUUCUAUAUAAUUUAUAUUUUACUUAUGCCAAAUUAUUUAUGAUAAUUAGCCAUUGCUAUGCUGUACCAGUGUCAAAUGCUGCAGCCUGCCAAGCUGUGAUUUUACGAGGCUUGUCCCCAUAUAGGACACACCGCAGGCCCCUGGCCACCAAAAUCAUGUGCAGUGGACUUCGGGCACUGCUGUUAAGUCCCCCAUGUGCGGUGCCGCCCAAAGGUGGCUUUGCCUCGAGCAGCCCACCCCAACGUUUUACUCAUUGGAAUGUCUUUCUUCGAUUGUGGAUGACUUCCUUUCUGAUGGGGAGAGUCCAGAAGGGAUGGAAAAUGCCUGGAUUUAAGCUCAGCAUCCCCCGCAUGGGCUUUUUGACCAUUUUCAGGCCUGACGCUGCACGACCUGAAGUCCCCGUCUUUUUAUCAGCCCUCCUCAAGCUGCUCCUUGUCACCCUGGGCUUCCUGUUGGGGACCCUGUGUGCUUGUGGCAUGUGUGGGCAGAGGGAGAAUGAGGAGAAAGAGAAGAAACCCCAGUACUGACAAGCUGUUUUUGAGUGCAACUGUUGGGCAUCAUCUAAGCCACUGAAUCAACUGUAUUUCAGACUUAUUUUAGCAUGCCAGUGCCAUGGUUUUCUUGCUUGAAUCUGUCCGUGAUUAAAGGUUUGGGAGAAUUUGGGACCCUGGAACAUCCCCAGAGUGAGAGAAGACUGGGCCACGUCGGAAUAAGGCCUUGGCCCGCUCCUCUCACAGCGCAGGUGCUCUGCAGGCACACUGACUGUCCCGAUUGCCAUCCAGCCUGAAAUUCCCUCUCCUCUGCCUUCAAAAGUCAAGUCCCCACUCUUAGGCCACACUGGUGUCACAGGCUCCUUGUCAGGGAGCUGGGGUUUGGGAAUGUGCUUUGUGAACUCUGUUUUAAAGUGAGGGGCCGAGGAAAACUUAGCAACAGGCAGAGUUGGAAGCAGCCAAAUCACAGUGGGUGUUGUGUGCGUGUGUGUGUGUGUGUGUGUGUGUGUGUGUGUGUGCCUGUGUGAAAGCAGGUGGACAUUCCACUUUUUAGCUCCUAUUGAUGCACCAAACCAAGUGCCUCAUUUCCGUGCCAAAUGUUUGCCUUGGUCUUUGUGGGCCUCCUUCCCUAACGUGCGGUGGCGUGACUGUCAGGAGGUGCUGGCAUUUUCGGCAGAUCCUCAUGUGUUGGCCCUGAUGUCUUUGGCAGAGGCUUCUGGCAUCUUGGUUUUUCAUCCACUGUAGGAAUGUGGCCACGGGGAGCAUAGGUUUGUGCUUUCCUCAAGAGGUGCGUCAUCCUGAGAUGGUGUCUACCCACGUUUAAUCAAAAGAUUACAGGCCAGUUCCUUUAUCCUUCUGAUGAAGGAUGAGAGAGCUCAUUUAGAAGUCAGAGCAAACUAAGGUUGCAGAAUUGAGAAGCACAGCCUACCAGAGAAUCACAGAGACAUUGGGGUGCCCGCAGGGGCCCUCGUGAAGCCAUGCCUCCAUGGCAUUCAGGAAGCCGUGCAAAUGUGCUUUUUGAACUCAUUGGCCAGGUCUGAUUUUUACGCAAGGUAAACGUGGUCAAGGGCACCAGGGAAUUUGCUCCAAGCAGAUAGCUCCUUCUGAGGAACCAAAGGAAGCAAGCUUCCACGAUUUCUGAAGAGCUGGUACAGGAGGUUUCUUUCUUCCUUUUGUGUUACAUAUGCAUUAAACAGAACAAGAUGUGUGUUACCACAGAUUGUACUGUGGACUCAGAAACCGUGAGAGAACCCUCACCAUGGACUCCGGCUCUAGGGCCACAGGAAAAGGAACGUUUCCAGGCAUUUUGCCUCCAGGGCUCCCACUGGGCAGGCGCAUACCGCCCUGGAGAGUAAAUGCCCAGAGUUCACAAACUGUGCGCAGUGCAUGUUAUGGCCAGGAUCCUACUAACUACUCAGAAAAAGAACGUAUUGUAUUCCUCCAGUGUUAAGCUAUAGCCAUGUUAAAAGUCACCGUGCAUUUAUCCUCAGCAUCAAAUACCUUGUAAUGUCUUCUCUGCCUUACUUGUUAGUGCAUAUUUUUACUUUUCUGAUACUGUAAAGAAUAUAUCCAGUAUGUAAAUGAAUGUUCUAUAAAUCCUUUGUAUAGUCAUUUUCUCUGCUCUUUAAAUAUCAUCUCUAUUCAGAGUAUAAUAAAAUUAUCAACUUGGUAA